UUGGGCAAACUUUGCACACGCACGCACACACCACACGCGCAGAGAGACGCUCCUGGCAGUUUGUAGUGGGAGGGAGGGGGAAAGCGCUUUGAUUCCUGUGCAUGUCUCUCACUAAGUGUAAACAUGUGUGGGGUGGAGAUUGGGGUUAUCUUCGGGAAAGGGGGGUGCGAAUAAAAUACUGGCAGUAAUCCUCUCCCCGCCCCCGUGAGAGGCGCGGGGAUGUAUGCGUAUGUGUGGCGGGGGGUGGCCUUACAGAUCUGAUGAAGAUGCUUCGUCUGCACAUAACAUCACAUAGGUGUUCCUAUUCAUGUGCAACUUCACUGUCUGUUUUCCUGUGCAUCCUGCGCUUCCUGUAGCCUGUACAAGGAUAAGCGACGUGGACACACUUGUUCUAAGCUGCUCAUGGGGGAGAUUGGAAGUCGCUGGUCUAAGGCUCCCCAAGAAUGCGUGUGUGCGUUUGUGUAGUAAGCAGAAGUAGGGAUCUUACUACACAGUAAGAUCUGCUGUGCAGUGUGUAAGCAGAGGUAGGAAAUAGCAGAAAUGUGAGGGAGGGGGCUCUCCUGAAACCCCCUCCUCUGCAUUCACAUACAGCAGAAGGAGGAAGUGUGACAGGAAAAGUUUGAAAGCCGUGAGCCAGCAGCUCCACAGGGAACCCCCCUUCAGAAGUAUCUACUGCGGGUGUGUGUGAUUGUGGGGAGAUUGAGCUGAGGCGGGGCUGGGCUGAGCUGAAGAGACUUUAGACUGACGCCUCCUCAAGAAAAGUAAGGCAACCUCCCCUUCCCGGUUUCCGUCGCAGGCUACAUAAGAAAAACGGGACUCGAUUAACAAACAAGAGCCUUUCUUUCAUUAUGCAACUUCCUCAGUCAAACACCCGGUUGCUCGCUCUAUACACGCACGCACCUCUUGCCCGCCGUACAACAGUCUUGUUUUCCGCUUGGGCAUCCCCCUUUAUCUAGAAAAAGUGGAGACGGCGAAAAGGUCAUUUAAGUGUCCCCUCGAAAAGCCGAUCCACGGCACUUCUAACGAGAGGAAAGAGUACAUGCACCAUGAAUGAACCACCUUCUAGUGGAAGUGGACAAGACUUUGAUGUAUUCAGUGUAAUGGACUGGAAGGAUGGAAUUGGUACCUUACCUGGAAGUGAUCUGAAGUUUCGGGUGAAUGAAUUUGGAGCCCUGGAAGUUAUCACAGAUGAAACGGAGAUGGAAGGUGUCAAGAAAGCCACAGCUACUACAACCUGGAUGGUGCCAACAGCCCAAGAAGCCUUUUCAGAAAAGACAGAAGGACCACCAAAACUGAAGGAAACUGCCAAAGUGGAUGGGCUUAAUUUCUGUGAAAAUUGUUUUCACUCUGGAACCACAGAGGCAUUUGUAGCUGAAGAGAAAUUUUUCAGACAAACAUGUGCUCAGGAGACUAAAAACAAAGAGCAAGAGGAGGACAAAGACGUAUCAGAAUUAAAUGGGGAAGACUCUUCUAAGGGCACUCAAAAAAGAAAAACUAAAUCACCCCUGAAGGGAGACUGUGAAGACAGACAUGAAAAGGAAGAGGAAAUGGAAGAGAAGCCUGAAGGAAGAAUACUAAGAGUCUCUCAGAGAGCCAUACGGAAAAGGAAAAGAGAUAUGGCAAUUUUAAAACAGACUUUAAUGUCAAAGGGAAAGAAAGCAUGGAGUUGGUCUUCAUACUUGGAAGAAGAAAAGGCUAUAGCAGCACCUCCUAAGAUUUUUAAAGAGUAUCAGUCCAUCCCAUACAACAAAAAUGGAUUCAAGGUUGGAAUGAAAGUAGAAGGAGUAGACCCUGAGCACCAAUCAGUGUAUUGUGUUCUUACAGUGGCUGAGGUUUCUGGCUACAGAAUCAGACUUCACUUUGACGAAUAUUCAGAUUGUUAUGAUUUUUGGGUGAAUGCUGAUUCUUCUGAUAUUCACCCAGUCGGUUGGUGUGAGAAAACUGGACACAAGCUUCAUCCACCAAAAGGAUAUAAAGAAGAUGAAUUUAAUUGGUCCUCAUAUCUGAAGAAAUGUAAGGCUCAGGCUGCUCCUAAAUCCUUGUUUGAAAACCAGAACACAACAGUGAUUCCAUCAGGGUUUCGAGUGGGGAUGAAGCUUGAAGCUGUAGACAAAAAGAACCCUGCAUUUAUAUGUGUUGCUACAGUUACUGACAUGGUGGACAAUCGUUUCCUGGUUCAUUUUGACAACUGGGAUGAGAGCUAUGACUAUUGUGGUUGCCAUGAACUAUACUCCCUGUUUAUCAGAAUUUCCAUAGAUAUAUGGCCAUUGAUAGUAGCGGUUCAGCAGUGUGCAGUGGCCAGGUGUGAAGCAGCUAGUCCGCAUAUUCAUCCAAUUGGAUGGUGUAAAGAACACAAAAGGACCCUGGUUACUCCUCCAGACUAUCCACAUGCCAAGCACUUUUCUUGGGAAAAAUAUUUAGAAGAAACCUGUUCUUUACCUGCACCUGCCAGAGCAUUUAAAGUGAAACCUUCCCAUGGAUUUCAGAAGCAUAUGAAACUUGAAGUAGUUGACAAGAGGAACCCUGUACUUAUUAGGGUAGCUACUGUAGUAGAUACUGAUGACCACAGAAUUAAAGUCCACUUUGAUGGCUGGGACAGUAUUUAUGAUUAUUGGAUUGAUGCAGAUAGCCCUGACAUUCAUCCUGUAGGCUGGUGUGGGAAAACUGGACAUCCUCUUCAGCCUCCUCUUAGUCCCUUGGAGUUAGUAGAAGCUUUAGAACAAGGAGGAUGUCCUACAGCAGGCUGCAAAGGAGUUGGACACAUAAAAAGAGCCCGACACAUGGGCCAUCACAGUGCUGUCAGCUGCCCAUAUUCUGAGAUAAAUUUGAACAAAGAAAAAAUCCUUUCAGACCGUUUAAAUGAAGAGAUUCCUCUGAAUAAUCCAUCUAUGCACUGGAACAGAAAACUAGAAAUAAAUGAAACAGCAGCCUCUUCUGUAAUCAAGGGAUGCCAGCCAGCUAAGGAAAUUGCUACGAAAGAUGAGGCAGAGAAGAUGGAAAGUGAAAAUGAAACAAAAGACAUGAAGGAAUCCAGUAUUAAGAGGUCCCAUCCUCAAGCAGUCGUUUUUUCUUCCAAAUUGACAGUUCCAGGCUUGCCAUUACGGUGGGAACAGCAGAGCAAGCUCCUUCCUAAAGUGGCUGGAAUCCCUGCCAAUAAAGUUUCCAAGUGGAGCACAGAUGAGGUCUCAGAAUUCGUACGGAGUUUGCCAGGCUGUGAAGAACAUGGCAAAGUGUUCAAAGAUGAACAAAUUGAUGGGGAAGCUUUCCUGCUGAUGACCCAGGCAGAUAUAGUCAAAAUAAUGAGCAUUAAACUGGGACCAGCCCUAAAAAUCUUCAACUCGAUCCUGAUGUUCAAAGCUGCUGACAAGAACUCUCACAAUGAACUCUGAUGGGAAAGUGGCUACAGGACAGACCUCUCCAUGCAGCUCAUGUUUUAUUCAAAGCACAAAGACUCAAAAGAUCAUCAAGUAAGAACUCUCCAAGGGGGAGAAAAAGAACGGAUAGAGUGUUGACAUUCUCCAAGAGUCAAGGCAACUGAACACUUCUGGGAAGUGCUUGAGCUUUUUAGCAAGGUACUCUUAAAUCAGAGCAAGGGCUAAAUGUUUACCAAGCUGAUGGUUCUAAUUGUCCUCACAACUAGGCAUCCUUAAUUGGGUUGAAAAACAAUUCACUACUUUUUAAUAUUAAAGUUAUGGUAUUAUUAGCCUUUUCUAAAGAGUCACAAAAUAUGUACUUCACAAAUUUACUUAUCCACCUUAGUGAAUUGCUUCAUAUCGUUUCAUAUCAAUUUUCAUAAUGCAUUAUUUGUGACUGUAAAAUAGCAGUGCUACCAUUAAUUGAGACAUCUUAAUCUGACUCUACAGUUCAAGUUGAAAACUUUGAUAUCGGAUACGAGUCUGAUCAAUCUAUUCUCUUGUAAGAAAUCAUUGCUUGAAAUCAAAUUUUUUGGCAUGAUUUUAAAAAAUUAAUGAAUUUUUUCACCAGCAAAUCUAGUAUUGUUAUCAAAAUAAGAGCUGCCAAUGUUGUUCAACAUCUGUAUAGCAGUCAUUUUUACAUUGCAUUAUAGUGCUUUAGUUCACAGUCUGUUGAGAAAGAUAUUAAGAGUGCAUAUUCAAAGGAAUUUCUUAAGUCUAUUGCUGAAACAAUCAGUUUCUGGGGAAAUUUACAGAUAUGUAAAGCAGAGAUAAUGCAUGAGACAAGCAUGUGUCAAGGGGAAAGCCAAGUCUAACAGUUAUACCAGAACUAGAAAGAAUCUUCCUCUUUUUUGGUAGAAGUCAGGUGACUCAUGCCUUCAGCAUGGGUCAUAGGAAACAAUGUGAAGCAGAGUUAUUUUGGACUGCAUUGUUUUGUUCACUCUUUCUCAGUGUUGCAUAUAUUUUUCUACAUUUUGUUUGUACUUUUACAUUUAAAUUGCACUUGCAUUGUAUCUGCAACACACCCAAAAAUUCUGUUGGAGAAA